AUGGCACAAAAGGGCAAAGGAAAGGGCCACAGAUCGGCGAGUACUGGUAAUGGUUCUGCCAGUACCAGACCUAGACGCGGAACUACGUCUUCAUCAUCUAGUAGUAAUUCUGUAAGGAAAGGCUGCAUUGUUAUUGAAACAAAGACAACAACAAGCAAGACGAACCUUGCUUCCGUGAAUGCAGUAGAUCAAC